GUUUGGUUCUGAUGAGUUGAAAAAACAGUUCCUCGUACCAACUAUAGCUGGAGACGUUGUGGCUUGCUUGGGAAUCAGUGAAGCUGGAGCUGGGUCAGACGUCGCCAACAUCAAGACGAGGGCUGUGAGAAAAGGCGAUGAGUACGUCAUCAACGGUGGCAAGAUGUGGACUACGACCGGGUGCCAAGCGGACUGGAUGUGCCUGCUGGCCAACACCAGCGAAGGACCUCCCCAUCAAAAUAAAUCUCUCAUGUGCCUGCCGAUGGAUCUACCUGGCAUUCACGUCACUAAGAAGAUCGACAAACUGGGCAUGAGGUCGUCGGACACGGCUCAGAUCUUUUUUGAAGACGUGAGGGUCCCCCGCAGAAACCUCAUCGGCGAGGAAGGGAAGGGUUUCACGUACCAGAUGCUGCAGUUCCAAGAAGAGCGGCUGUGGGGAGUCGCCAGCGUCCUGGCGCCGCUGGAAACUGUGAUACAGGAGACGAUUGACUACACUCGCCAGCGGAAGGUGUUUGGCCAGCCCGUCCUGCACCACCAAGCCGUGGGCUUCCGCCUGGCCGAGCUGGCCACCGAAGUGGAGCUCCUGCGCUCCGUGAGCGAGCGAGCGGUGGAAGCUGUCUCUUCUUUUUCUUUUUUUUUAGCUCUCUAUGUGGAAGGCAACGAUGUGACAAAAUUUGCCUCCAUGGCGAAGCUGAAGGCGGGUCGCCUGGCCCGCGAGGUGACCGAUAGCUGUCUCCAGUUCUGGGGAGGAAUGGGAUUCACCAGCGAGGUCCUGGUGAGCCGGUUUUACAGGUGA